AUGAAAAGAGCCGUGGAGUAUUACGACGAGAAAAACCCGAAAACGGAAAAACGGAGCCAUUCCUGGCAAGCCUUUCACAAUAAGUUCAGGCGUGUGACAAAUAAAAGAUAUAUCCCUCGUUUCAGGAAAUAUCUUGAGUCAGGUGGCACGAAAAAGCAGAAAUUAGACGAAAUUGAUGACGCAACAUACGAGUUUUUUAAAAAUGCACGUGAAAGUUUGUCGUUUGUACAUGACAUUGAUUUGAAGAGGCAAGCGUUAAAAAAAGCACGAGAGCUAGACGACCAAACAUUCUGUGUCAGCGACAAUUGGCUGAAUCUAUUUAAACAUCGUCACGGCAUCUGUUCAAGACACGUAACGAAACUCGUGACAAAACGAGAAACGGAAAACGCGGAUAACAUCAAUAAAUCUGCCGACGAUUUCGUUGUCAAAGUACAAAAAAUAAUACCAAAAUAUAAACCCGAAUUAGUGCUCAAUACUGAUCAGUCUGGUCUGCAGUUGGAAAUGCAUUCCAAUCAUACACUCUCCUUUGAAGCCGAGAAAAUUACCGUAGCAAAAGUUCGAUCUGUCCACAACACAACUCAUUCGUAUACCGUUCAGCCUCUCAUAUCAAUGGAAGGCAACUGUGUCGGUCCGAUUUUUCUCUGCUUGAAAGAACCAACCGGUCACUUGAGCGACCCAGUUAGAAAGAGUCUGUUUCAAGCAGACAAUGUAGUUGUAACGUGUUCAAAAUCGGGCAAGUUGAUUACCAGCCUCGUUGAGUGUUGGGUUGAUAAGGUGCUUCAACCCACAGUCAAAGACAAAAAAUGUCUUUUAUUAUCCGACUAUUGGGGAGGCGAAAGAGACGUUAAUCACUAUGAAAAAGUAAAAAAUUUAGAGCGUCUUGAAAUCCCCAAGAAAACGACUUCCAUGAUCCAACCACUAGACGUCUGUUACUUGUUAGAAAAAGUUGAUUUUCAUUUUGAAAAUUUUAAAGUUUGUACAUAG